CAACAAUAUUGCACAACAACAAUGUCUAGUGGAUUGCAAACUGAGGAUAUAUAUAUGAACUUUCUCAGAAAUCUCUAGAGAAUGACAACAUCCUCCAUAUACCAGCUCUCUGAUAGUCAAAGUGUUAUUCCUGUGCUGCUUGGGAGGGACAGGAAUGUCACCUAUAUACUGGACACAUCCGAGGCUAUGGCUGCAAUUCUGGGGACAGUGAAAAACCUAAUUAUUCAAAGUCUGCUUACCAAGGCGUCUCUCAGAAACUCCCUGUUUAACAUCAUAACCUUUUCAUAUAAGAUAACGUCAUUGUCUGAGCACAUGAUUCCUUGUGCACCCGAUACGGUAUACCAGGCCCUGAGCUGGAUCCAUACACUCAGCACAAGUCCUGGAAAUGAUCUACUUACGGCGCUCAUUACAGCAUUUUCUGAUCCAGCCUGUCAAUCUGUCCAACUGGUGACAAACAGCAUCCCAGGAAACCCAGAGAAUUGCCUGAAUGCUUUAUCUGCCUUUAUCGCAUGCCCUGUGCAUACAUUUUUUAUUUCAGAAAAGCAGGCUUUGGAAAUAGACACUUUGAAUUUCCUUAAAUGCUUGAAUACUGCGACUAAAGGGAGUUGUUACAGGCUGUCUCUAAACAUUAAUGACGCAGCUGAGCAAGUGAAACCGUCGAUAGCCUUGUUGCACUCCUCAGAACACCAGAUUCAACAUUUGUCAUGCUCAGAAGACAGAUGUCAGCUCUUAUACUACAAACCAUUUUGUUCCCUCUCCAUCUCACCGUACUGGUGUCCAACGAGGAAUCCCUUUAGUGUGGCACCAUGUGUUAUAAGGAAAGUAAUAAAAGGGACAGAGUACUUUCCAGGUUGCCAUGUGUUAGCAAGAAGAGAGUCAGAUGGAUUCUACUACUUGGGGACUAUUGUACAUGUGUUACAGGACAGGCCAGGACACUUUGUGGUAAAAUUUAAUGAAUGUUUGCCCAAAGCUGACACCAAGAUGGAAAUAGUUUCACCUCAGUUAACAUGCCAACCUGACAUGGUGAAUGUAACUCAGGCACAUGGGCACAGUAUAGUAUCUGGAGACACUGUAUUAGCUCCAUGGGAACCUCAGAUAAGCAGAUAUGGUCCUGGCAGAGUUGUAUCAGGCAUCGAACUACGAGAUCCACUGACAGUUGGAGGGGGAGAUGGACUUGUGGUGCUGUUUUGGAAUGGAAUCAGACUGCAUGUUCCAAAAAACCUGGCUGUAUGGAUUCCUGCUUCUCACCAUGAGCGAAUAAUCAGGGAACUCCAAACAAAUGUGUUCAGAUCAGGCUGCUUAUGCUAUAGCCACUGUACUCAUGUUAACUGGUCUCCAGUUUGCUGCAUCAAUCACUGUUUUUCAAAAACUUCCUCAGUGUGCCUUUGCCCGAUCAGUAGCUGUCCCAUCUCUAAUCAUAGCCUUUUUAUUGACAAUCAACUAAAGGAGCAGAACAUUAAAGCUGACCUAACAAAUGAGCCAACAGCUUCUCAGGAGAUGAAGACUGAUUUAUCUUUUUUAGACUCAAGCGAAGAUGAGGAAGAAGUUGCAAACGUGAAGGUAAAUGCUACACCAUUAGAACUGGUAAGCCGAUCAGUGAACACAGAGAUAUCAUACAUGAAAAAGGCACAUGCUGAAACACAGUGUAGACCGGCCUGGAGAUAUUGGAGACGAGGAUCCCCAGAGCCACAUCACAAAAAACCAGGACAGACAGUUAAACCUCCAAACCCAGGUGACACUUAUUUUGCAAUAAAUAGUGAUUCUGGAUAUUCCUUAUCCAGUUCUGCAUCCACAAAUCACCGUUCACUGUUUGAAAUGAUUCCACAUUCAGUAAGAAGAGGUAUAACAGUGAAAGAGGUAUUUGGCUGGACUGUACAAAAACCUCUUUCUGAAGCAUCAUCUCCAGUGGCUUCUGCAUUAAAGAAAAUUUGAGCUGAAACAAGAUAAUAAAUCUAUUUAAAUGGCUCAAUAGGCCUGGAAAAUUAUUAAAAUAUUUUAUAUGAAAUUUGCUUAAACUGCAUAUGAUUUA